UAUUGAUUGGGUCAGCGCUACACUCACACAGUAACUGGUGCUGUUACUCCACUUGAAUGGAUUUAACGCAAAGACCGGUUAAAAACCGUGAAUAACCUUUCACAUUUGACUAAAUCCAACAUGUGUAAUUCAUUUUGGAGACAUUUGGGGUGAAUAAUUUUCUUAAUUUUACAAGUUACUUUUAACUUUUUACUACCAUGAGUCUGACAUGAUUCGUCAUGAUUGAACAACUUUCAUUUAAAUUAACACUAACUCAGUAACUGGUAACUUCUUAAUAAAAAAACACACUUUUUGUUCGUACCUAUUAUUAUCAGUUAAAUCUGAUUUGAAGUCUUUUAAUUUUAAGUUAGGUACUUUCUUAAACUUAAAGCUUGGAUUUUACACCUAGUUAGAGUUUAAAGUAAAUUAGUUAGCAGCAAACUGCUGCAUGCUUCAUACAUUUUAGUUGUAUAACUUAUUAACCUAUAAAAAUUUAGAACUUACAGUCAGUUUGAGUUUACAUUUUUAUUGUUAAUAUAAUAAAAUAAUUAUAAGCCUAGUGCCUAGGUAGGCUAUCCUAUGCCACUAUGCCUGCUAAAGUUUAAAUAUUAAAUUAUAAAUAAAAUUAAAUCAUAAACCACUUUUUAGGUUAAAUAUCAUUAACUGAUAAAUAAGGCCUAAGUCGCAUGCCAUUUAUUUAAAAUGUCUAAUUAGACCUAAUUGGGCUUAGUUUGGCUAAUCCUAGCCAAGGCCUAUUUAAAUAUUUAGUUAAACUUAAUCCUAAAUAAUUCUGUUGCUUGGCUUUCGUAACCUUUUUUUUUUUACAUGGCCGAGUUGUAAACCCUGCACCCAACCAUUUGGAGGGCUGCCCCCUACGGCUCUCUAGGUAGCUGCCUUAAUUUUUGGGUAAGGUUCCCUAGCCUUUGUCAAUCUCUCACUUCCUACAAGGUGGUAGGUUCUGAUUUUGAUCUGCCCCGUGUAUUUUAUUUUCCUGAUACUCGCCAUAUCUGGUGGUCUUUCCCCUAUCCGCCACAUAGGGAGGCACUCAAUGGAUGAUCAGUAUCUCCGCACAAAUUAUAAAUAAAAUUAAAUUAUAAUCCACUUUUUAGGUUAAAUAUCCUGAAUUGAUAGAUAAGGCCUAAGUCACAUGCCAUUUAUUUAAAAUGUUUAAUUACACUUAUUGGGUUUAGUUUAGGCUAACCCUAGCCAAGGCCUGUAAAGCUUAAUCCUAAGUAAGUUGCAAUUAGGCUGGUUAUGUUUGACUGUGACUAAAAUUAGGAACUUCAGACUUUGGUAUUGCCCAGGAAGCCCAGCGAAUCUUUUUCUGGUAUUGCAAUUUUGUUAUCAAAAUGGAAACCUCCACUUUUUUAUUUACAGAGGGUAUCGUUGUUUCAGUAUUUUUUGCCAGUUAUAAUAGCUUUACAAAUAAAUUAUAUUUCCAGCUAUUAUAUUUAUGUUUCACUCAGUCAUUUCCUAAAAUAUGGGGGGAAGUCUUGAUGGGUGUUGAAGUAGAAUUAUGUGUUAAUAAAUGAUCUGGGCAAUAAAGGAAUUUUAGAAUUGAGUUCAUUUUCAUCAUUUGUAAACUUUAUUGAGAUUAUAUUGAGUAUUUAAGUAAUGCAUUACCAAAAACAAAACUUAUAACUUAAAAUAAGUUUUGGAAUAAUAUUAUUUCCCUAGAUUUUAGAAAAAUAUUUCUUAAACAGUGUUUCCCAACCUUUUCUUUAAUCUGCACCCCUUCCCCACACACACACACACACACACACAUUGUUUGACUAAUUCUAGCAACACCUAAUAAGUAACAUUGCCUUAUAAAAUUGUGGAAAAAAUGAACUAAAAAGAUGACUGUCCAAUCAGAAAAUAAUAAGUCACAUUAGCCUACUACAAAAUGAAAUGAAUAAAUUUUAAAAAAUAAAUAAAUAAAUAAACAUUUCCGCCAAUGUCAUAACUGAAAGUCAUUGGCUUAUAUGUCUUUAUAAUCCCCCCCCCCCCCAAGUUCCUUCUUGCACCCCUUGGAAUUCCAAGCACCCCAUGUUAGGAACUCAUUUUUAAUACAAAGAAAAUAAUAAAUCACAUUAGCCUAAUACAAAAUGAAAUGAAUAAAUUUUAAAAAAUAAAUAAAUAAAUAAACAUUUCCGCCAAUGUCCUAACUGAAAGUCAUUGGCUUAUAUGUCUUUAUAAUCCCCCCCCCCCCAAGUUCCUUCUUGCACCCCUUGGAAUUCCAAGCACCCCAUGUUAGGAACUCAUUUUUAAUACAUUAGUUAAAAAUUGUAUCAUUUAAAUAUCUUUUUUUUAAAAUAACACUUAAAGAAACAAAUAAUGUUGACAAACACUGGAAUAAAUUAUCGUCCCACUAAUUAGUAAAGUGUAAUGUUGCAAUCACACCAUCACAAUUUGCUCAUUAGACAAUACUUUUGUGUAUUAUUAUAUAAGGAUUUCCUAACAUUUCUGACCAGCUCCUUCAAGUUGAUUGGAACAUAAAGCUAACCUCUUGUCGUAAGUUGCUUGCAGUCAUGCCGCUCAUUAAAAGAGGUUGAUUGUAAUAGUGACCUGUAAGCUCAAGCAAUCAGAUCUCCACAGAAAAUGGGCCAUCAGUUUAAUCUUUUUUAGAAUAUAGGCCUAAUUCAUUUUCAUCAUUUUUAGACUUUAUUGAGAUUAUAUGAGUAUUAAAGUAAUUUUUUUUUUAGGGUGGGUGGGGGCCUUUACAUUUUUUGUGAAAAUAUUUUAAUCUUUUAUACACACUCUUUUAAGGAAAUGUUUGGGAAAAUGAAAGGUAAGCUACAUAUUUGAUAUUUGCACAGUGGUGGAGUUAAAUAUAGUUUUCUGUGGCAACUUUAGGAUUACAGAAAGUCUGGCAUAUCUCGGUUUAAAGAAAAUGGCUUCCCAAAGCCUUAAAUCCUUUUCGCUGCCACGGUUCCUUUGUUCUCAGCGUUAUUUGCAAGAAAGCAGAUUUUUUCUUUAAAAUCCAGCUAGUGACUAGGGUGCCGCUUCCCCACCCCACCUUCCCUUAGUCACUCUACCACAGCUGAUGUGCUAGGGCUGAUAAGGGAGGUUAUUGAGUGGAAAGAUCUUGCGUCUGUCUCCAUAGAUCCGUAUUCGAUUAUCGAGUUGCAAACAAUAAAAUCAAUCAGAAUUCAAAGCAUCGAUUGAAAUCGAUUGGAAACUUUAAAAAAAAUAUAUUUUUGUUCAAGCAACCUACGAUAUUUAUUUGUCAUGGUUUCUCCGGGUCUUUGUCGUGGCGUCUCCACCUUUGCGAGUUUUUUUUCCUCAUUGUUGAGAUAUUUUCUUUAAACCUUCAACGUACAAGAAUCUGCCUCUGUUAAGUUCUAACCAGCAUGUGCGAUUAGUGGAAAAUGAAGUUCAAGACAUUUUGAUCACAUACAGUCGACCUCCUUUCGUUUGUUUUUGUUUUGUUUCUUCUGUUUUCUUUUCCGUUUCUUUGCUGCUCCCCGUGGUGUGCGCACGCCCAGUUCAGGCGUGUGACGGGAAACAGAAAUCACGGGUGGUAACUCAGGGGGGGGGGGUAGCCGUCACUGUUGUGGAUGCACUCUCGGUUCUUUAUGGAUUUGGUUGGUGUUCAUGUUUGGAUAACCGCCAUCUGAUGUAACUGAUCCGCAGUGACCACCUAUGUCAUUGUCGGUGACCGAUUGUCACUGUCAAUCAUCUCGAUAUUGAAUUAUUCAAAUUAUGGCACUCGGGUUUUGUGUUUUGAGGUGUCCAGAUUUGAUUAUGAACGCCGGUGCAUAGAUUAGUGAGACUGGGCCUUGUCAAUCGGUAAUUAGGGCUGCAUAGUUCAGAAAAGGGGGGGGGGGAUGUACAUCCAUUGAAUCAUACGAAUUAAGCAUAAGAUAUCCUGACAUAUUUUAUAUUAUUGCUCUACAUUAAAAUAAAUUACGUAUUUAGGCCUAAAAUACCACAUGCUCGCCUCAUGCGCUAACCCAUAGAACAUCAUUUCGCUGAUAAACUCUCCAACCCAUUGUCAUCUUCUCAUCCGCUAACCCACAGUGCAUCAUUUCACUGCUAUACUCUCCAACCCAUUGCCUUAUUGCCUGCAUUUCACCGCUUCAAUAGGUGUUCACUACUGUUCACCAAUCGAGUCAUAGCGUUUGUGAUGGUAACCAUGAUAAUGGGACACGCGUUCGUGUAAUCACGUUUUGUCACCUGUAUUGGACAUGACUUUAUUUGAAUAGGUUAGUGUAAAGAGGCAGACAGAUCGAUUCAAAUCGGCCCGUUGUAGCUUUUCUCUCCAGUAUGGCUAAAUUAUGAUCUUUCGGUUAAUUGGCUUGUUUUUUUUCUUUGUUGUUGUUUUUUUUUUUAAUGUUUUUUUAGUGCUAUGGGAAAUGGUAAGAAAACAAUGCCAGAGAAGACUUCGCCAAGAUUUGAGACAAACGGUGUGAAACAAUCAGGGGCCUGGCACCCAACUAAAUCUCAUAAAGUAACUCAUCAUUUACCCAUAGUAUGAUGAGAUAACCGAAAAUAAAAUGCUCCUCUGACGUCCUGGUAUUCCUUGGCAUGCAACACCGUAUGCAUCAAAUCCAUUGGUCCACCAAUUUCUUGUGGUUUCCCCAUUGGUCCAUCAAUUUCUUGUGGAUUCCCAUUGGUCAAACCAUCUUGUGUUUUCCAUUGGUCAAACCAUCUUGUGUUUUUCAUUGGUCAAAGCAUCUUGUGUUUUCCAUUGGUCAAAACAUCUGGUGUUGUUCAUUGGUCAAAACAUCUUGUGUUGUCCAUUGGGCAAAACAUCUUGUGUUGUCCAUUGGUCUUACAGUCACCUCGGGUGUUGGUGGUCCUUUGAUUUGAUUAAAGUGAGGGGGCUGGGGGUGGAUUAUUGACCCCAUUAGUAUGUUAAUAUUAAUUUUAUUUGUAUAGUUUGUAUAUUUAACAGUGGGACAGCCCCUGCCCCCCCCCAUAACUCCCGCAGUUAUAACUCUUAAGUGGCACCCUACGUAUAGUGUGACAUUUUAAAAUGUUUUCUUUGCCUCCUUGGAGUUAAACCGCACUUCACACUUGAGCUGCCCAACCGUUCGAUCAUAAUUACGGAUAGCUGAAAUCCGUUCAAUCGAUCCUAUUUUUAAAAAAUUAACGACAGAUUCGGAGAGAAACAUAUCGACUUCGGACCGUCCGUCCAAACGCGCCCUCCCUCCCUUUUUUAAUUUAAUUGCCCACCUUCCCUACCUUUCCCGCCCAUAAUAAUGAUUUUGGUCUCUUCGAUCUUACCCUGGAGUUUGAGGUUUUUCUUUUCAAUUCAGUGUUGUCCACUAUUUUGUGUACGACAGUUCGAUGAUUUGAAUGCGACCAGACAAUACGCAUGUGCGCCAUUAUUAUUACAAUUGUAGGCUCUGGUGGAAUUAUCCUGUAUCCGGAACACACACCCCUCCCCUCCCCCCACCUCCAACCCCAAACUAGUUCCCAUCCCGUGUCAGAAAAUGGAUUAGGGCCUAGGAAUUUGGGGGAUUUGUUGCUGAAUCUGUGUCGGCAAUACCUUUGUGGUGCAUCAGUCAUCAACAUCAGUACAAUGCGCUUUCGUUUCUUGAUCUCUGGGACAAUUUAUGAUGUCUGUGAUUCAAAAAUCAAGAUAUUCUUAAUAAACUAGUCAGUUAUAGACUUCUUUAUUUUGAGAUCCUCGUUUUCCAAUCAUCAGUUUAGCUCCAUGACUUAAAUUGUUUUUGUUAGGUCUCUGAUUGGGUCUUAUGUCUCUGAUUGUGUCUUAUGUCUCUGAUUGGGUCUUACGUCUCUGAUUGGAUCUUAUGACUCUGAUUGGAUCUUAUGACUCUGAUUGGAUCUUAUGACUCUGAUUGGGUCUUAUGACUCUGAUUGGGUCUUAUGACUCUGAUUGGGUCUUAUGACUCUUGGAUCUUAUGACUCUGAUUGGAUCUUAUGAAUCUGAUUGGGUCUUAUGUCUCUGAUUGGGUCUUAUGACUCUGAUUGGGUCUUAUGACUGAUUGGGUCUUAUGUCUCUGAUGGGAUCUUAUGAAUCUAAUUGGGUCUUAUGUCUCUGAUUGGGUCUUAUGACUCUCAUUGGAUAUUAUGAAUCUGAUUGGGUCUUCACUUAAUGUAUAGAAAAAUUGCCACCAUUGGUUGACCGCCCACAAUUCCUACGCUAUGGAAAAAAAAAGGGGGGGGGAGGGGGAUAUGUCGUCCAAUCAGGACUUUGUCGAUGGAUGGACUUUUUAAUUAUGUAUGUCAGGGGACCACAUUUUUGUUGCAUGCUUCUUAAUAAUUUAGUUGGGUCACAUGUGUCGACACGUGAUCGGAGACAUAGUGGAAGGUGUGGCAAUCUUGUAGUGGUGCAGGGAUUCCUCUCCAUUUCAAAACCAUGUCUGAACACCCCCCCCCCCCACUUUUUUUUUGUCCACCACCACGGAUAAAGAGUAGUUUAAUAAAACUUCUUAAUAAUUUAGUUGGGUCACAUGUGUCGACACGUGAUCGGAGAAAUAGUGGAAGGUGUGGCAAUCUUGUAGUGGUGCAGGGAUUCCUCUCCAUUUCAAAACCAUGUCUGAACACCCCCCCCCCCACUUUUUUUUUGUCCACCACCACGGAUAAAGAGUAGUUUAAUAAAAUAAAUAAACAUGACAAUAAUUCCAUUAUGUUAGCUCUACUUCUUUAAUUCACUUGCUAUAAUCCAACAAUCGUUGCCAAUGCAGUACAAAAUAUGUUCAAACAAAACUCACCACAAAAAUACAUGUGUUGUUGGGAACCACCCAUUUAGUACAUAUGCAAAAAAGUCUAAUUUUAACCCACCCCUCCCCCCACAGUUUUUUUUGCCGCACGAGUACUUGUUAGAGCCCCCCCCCCCUUUUUUUUUUCCCGCACCAUUAUUUUUUAGACCCCCCCCCCCCUUUUUUUUUUCCCUUUUCCGCCAAUGCAGAUGUACAAGAAGCUUUCGACACACUCCCCCCAAAAAAAAACCAACAACCAAAUAACAAAAAUUAUUGAUAUUGUGACGUCACAGAAUAAAAAUGUGAUGGGUUUACACUGCGGACUGUUUGGCCAGUCCAGUGGUUCUCAUAAUUUGCGUCUCUCUGGGUACCACACUGCCCUCGGGCAGAGCCUUAGAAUGGGGCAAAUAGGGUGGUCACACGGGGCGCCAAAAUCGUCUUGAGUUCAUUUGUGAAAACACGUUGCAUCUUUAUGACGAUAAUUCCUACAAAGCAUUGCGGGAUAUUUUUACAGCACUCGAGAUAUAAAUAGGCUUUAUUUGGACUGACCAAAUUUCAGGAUGAUUAUUGUAGAAGUUUUGAAUAAAUGUACGCACUUUCUUCCGAGUUCCCCCCCCCAACCACGCGUACACAAAAUCUCCAAAAUCCACACCCACUCACUCCUCAGUGCCUACCUAUUAAACGGAUUGCCCCAUGCUACCUAUUAAAUGGAUUGCCACUUGCCACCUAUUAAAUGGAUGGCCACUUGCCACCUAUUAAAUGGAUGACCCCUUGCCACCUAUUAAAUGGAGGGCCCAUUGCCACCUAUUAAAUAGAUGGCCCCUUGCUACCUAUUAAAUGGAUGGCCCCUUGCCACAUAUUAAAUGGAUGGCCCAUUGCUACCUAUUAAAUAGAUGGCCCCUUGCUACCUAUUAAAUGGAUGGCCCCUUGCCACAUAUUAAAUGGAUGGCCCCUUGCCACCUAUUAAAUGGAGGGCCCCUUGCCACCUAUUAAAUGGAGAGCCCAUUGCUACCUAUUAAAUAGAUGGCCCCUUGCUACCUAUUAAAUGGAUGGCCCCUUGCCACCUAUUAAAUAGAUGGCCCCUUGCUACCUAUUAAAUGGAUGGCCCCUUGCCACCUAUUAAAUGGAUGGCCCAUUGCUACCUAUUAAAUAGAUGGCCCCUUGCUACCUAUUAAAUGGAUGGCCCCUUGCCACAUAUUAAAUGGAUGGCCCCUUGCCACCUAUUAAAUGGAGGGCCCCUUGCAACCUAUUAAAUGGAGAGCCCAUUGCUACCUAUUAAAUAGAUGGCCCCUUGCUACCUAUUAAAUGGAUGGCCCCUUGCCACAUAUUAAAUGGAUGGCCCCUUGCCACCUAUUAAAUGGAGGGCCCCUUGCUACCUAUUAAAUGGAUGGCCCAUUGCCACCUAUUAAAUGGAUGGCCCCUUGCUACCUAUUAAAUGGAUGGCCCAUUGCUACCUAUUAAAUAGAUGGCCCCUUGCUACCUAUUAAAUGGAUGGCCCCUUGCCACAUAUUAAAUGGAUGGCCCAUUGCUACCUAUUAAAUGGAUGGCCCAUUGCCACCUAUUAAAUGGAUGGCCCCUUGCUACCUAUUAAAUGGAUGGCCCAUUGCUACCUAUUAAAUGGAGGGCCCCUUGCUACCUAUUAAAUGGAUGGCCCCUUGCCACAUAUUAAAUGGAUGGCCCCUUGCUAAUUAAAAUAAAUGCAAAUAAACCUGCUUUCGUCCCCCUACAACUGACGAGCAUAGAGGAAGGUUGUAACAACUCAAAAUUUGAAUUCUGUACGUUAUGUUAUUUUGUAAAAAAUAACACAAUUGAAAUUAAGCUAACGUGACAUAUAUGCAUAACAUUUCAUCUGAUGAAGCCCAAACUGAUUUUUUCUUUCAGUGGUGGUUUAUUUUUGACAUAAUGUGAUUUCUUAUUAAAUUUGUUUUUUUUGUUGUUGUUGUUUUUUUUUUAAAUUAUUUGUGUCGCCUUUCUGCUUUUUAAGUUUCUAAAUCUUCAUCGGACACCACCCCCCUCUCCCCCAAGGGGGGGGGUACUGCCCCGCGAACCGCUGGUCAAGAUCAACGUUUUUUUUUUUUGUUUUUUUUUGUUUUUUUUGUGUGUAGAUCUGGCCAAUUGUGCAUCACCAGAGGGUAUUACGUUGUCUAUUGACACAGGCCGGCCCCAUAAGAUCUGCGUUAUUUAAAUGGUAGACUAUAAAUAAAUGCCUUCAAAGGCUACACGCUGCCUACGUCAUUCAUUGUUAUAGUAAACCCGGGUGUGCCACCCAGUGUUAUAUUCUCGUCUCGUGUACUGUAGCAGGCAGGGCCUGUAAGACUUGAAAGACGUGGUUUUAUUUAGCUCUGAUCAUAAAUUCUUAACUCAAUGUGCGGGCUAACCGUGGCUUGGGUGGGUGUGGGGCGUGGGGGGGGGUGGGGGGUGGCGUGGGUGUUGAUUGAAAUACAACCACCAACGUUUAGUAAUCAUUUCAAAAUCUACUUUUGUCAUCGAUCUUUUAGUGUGGCCAGGAAGUUGGCACUGGCUGGUCAAAUCCCAGAACAAAACACAAAGGAACUCACUAAAAGGCGAAUAUUGGGGUCCUCAUUAAAUCACAUCACGUUAACAGUGCUUCUCGCGUUAUUGCCGGGUGUUCUAUACCAGGGUUCACAUCACGUUAACAGUGCUGUCGCGUUAUUGCAUGGUGUUCUAUACCAGGGUUCACAUCACGUUAACAGUGCUGUCGCGUUAUUGCUUGGUGUUCUAUACCAGGGUUCACAUCACGUUAACAGUGCUGUCGCGUUAUUGCAUGGUGCUCUAUACCAGUCACAUCACGUUAACAGUGCUGUCGCGUGAUUUCGGGGUGUUCUGUACAAGGGUUCCGCUGUACCCAGGCUUUGUUUUCCCGCCUUAUUUUAUGAGUCUGUAUGGCAGUGUAUGAAAUAGUGCUCCCAUGUAUGUUUAAUAUGUGUGUAAACGUAUGUGAUUGUGUGUGAGCCAAAUCACACGUGGUCAGUAAGCCGAAAAAUGUUAAUUAUCAUGAUUGUGUAAAUCCUAGUGGUGCCUGGGCCAAAUGGGAAAUAUCAUGAUUAUUUCAAUCCUAGUGGUGCAUGGGACAGAUUCAUUCCGUGUAUCUCUGUUCUGAACUUUUCUUUCCACUUCUUGUCCUUCUCUCUCUCUCUCUCUCUCUCUCUCUCUCUCUCUCUCUCUCUCUCUCUCUCUCCCCCUCUCUCUCCCCCUCCCUCCCUCUCUCUCUCUCUCUCUCUCCCCCUCCCCCCCCUCUCUCUCUCUCUCUCUCUCUCUCUCUCUCUCUCUCUCUCUCUCUCUCUCUCUCCCCCUCUCUCUCUCCCUCCCUCCCUCUCUCUUUCUCUCUCUCUCUCCCUCCCUCCCCUCUCUCUCUCUCUCUCUCUCUCUCUCUCUCUCUCUCUCUCCUUGUCGAGGUGACGUGACCUUUCUCCACCUGCCCCCCACAAUUUCCCUCACUCUAUUAUCACGUGGAUCCUACACCAGACAUUUUUCGUCGUUCAUAUACUGACCAACUCAGCUGACCUUGUACUUAAGAUUUCUAUUGUUCAUCCCAGCUGUCAUCAAAAGACGACAAUUUCUAAAAAUACUCCUUGUGUUGAUUACAUUAAAAGGAAAAACCUUACGCCUUGUGUUGUUUCCCCUACUGUUUCUUCUCUCCCCUUAAUUCUACAGUUUCUUGUGAAUGGAGUCGCCCGUCACCCUCAUAGACUUUGCUCAUAAAACCCUUGCCCAUCUACUACUCGUCCCUUGACCAUCUACCACUCGCCCCUUGACCAUCUACCACUCGCCCCUUGACCAUCUACCACUCGCCCCUUUCCCAUCUACCACUCGCCCCUUGCCUAUCUACCACUCGCCCCUUGACCAUCUACUACUCGUCCCUUACCCUCAACCAAUCCCCCCUUUAGAUUGCCACUUUCCCCUAUCGUCCUCCCCAUAAUCACCCCCCCCCCCUCUUCACCUCAUGAUCUGGGCUUACAGCAAUUUUCAUUCCUACUCCUCUAUUCUAUAUAAUAUGUGAUUUCAUAUCCUUGGGUUAAGUCAAUCCCAUCUGCCCCGUCCCCCACAGUUGUGUAAAGUUUGCCGUAUAUCGUUUUGGGUUUUUCUGGGUGAAGAGUGGGAGACUCACUGUCCAAGAGUGGCAGACUCACUGUCCAAGAGUGGCAGACUCACUGUCCAAGAGUGGCAGACUCACUGUCCAAGAGUGACAGACUCACUGUCCAAGAGUGGCAGACUCACUGUCCAAGAGUGGCAGACUCACUGUCCAAGAGUGGCAGACUCACUGUCCAAGAGUGGCAGACUCACUGUCCAAGAGUGGCAGACUCACUGUCCAAGAGUGGCAGACUCACUGUCCGAGAGUGGCAGACUCACUGUCCGAGAGUGGCAGACUCACUGUCCGAGAGUGGCAGACUCACUGUCCGAGAGUGGCAGACUCACUGUCCGAGAGUGGCAGACUCACUGUCCUAGAGUGGCAGACUCAGUGUCCGCCUGGGACAUAACAAACUCGAGCUACCGGUACUUAAGUUAUGCAGACAGUUUUUUUUUCUCCAUCUUACUUUUUCAACUGACACCAGAUCUAGGGCACAUGGGAAUCGUUUGGAUUGUGUCGAUCCGCUGACUUUUCAAUGAUUUAUUUUAUUCACAGUAUGAAAGUUGGUGGUGGUGGAAAAGGGGGCGGGGGGGGGUGCUAAUGCCCUGGAUGUGCGAACUUUUACGCUGAAUAUUUAAACGCUUCUGGGUAUAUUAUUUGAAACAUGUGGGUAUACCGGAAACAGUAGAACUACCUCUUCUCGUUUUUAAUUCGAAAAGAAUCACGCCCACCCACCCUCACCCUUUUUUCAAAUGAUAUAUGUAGGAGUCAAACUCCUAAAUUCGGGUUUGUGGUGUGUGUGUGUGUGGGGGGAGGGAUGUCAGUGACGCUAAAUAUUACACCAACUCCAGCGCUGAGAUUUGAAAUUCUGCCCCCCCCCCCCCCCCCCCAGCGUAAUUUUGAGAAUCACCGCGCCAGGUUGUAACGUUGGACCAUAAAUAAAACAGUUUCAAAGUCUCCCUAGGCACAAGGGGGACAUCAAUGACUUUCUGCAGGCGAACGCGGCUUUAACUGUAUCGAUCAGCGACCGUGAAUUCAUUUGUGGGAUUUUCCGCCGACUGUUGCUGUCAUCCAACAUUGCGAACCCGUAAAGCGAUCGUCCUUCUAUGCAACUCUGACAUACUGCUUUUUUUUUUUUAGUGGGAACCUCCGAAUAUCUAGAGCAAUGAUGUGUGUCGACUUCUUGAUACUGCGCGAACCUCUGUGAAAGGUCAAGCAUUAAAAAUAUACUUUCCUAUUAAUGCACUGAACAAAGUAGGGGGCAUGUCAGAUCAUUACAACGAAUUGUUUGUAAACAAAUAUUAUCAUGACGGACAUUCAUUUAGACUUUUCAACACACAGGACACAACACACAGCACACAACACACAGGACACAGCACACAGCACACAACACACAGGACACAUCACACAACACACAGCACAAAACACACAGCACACAACACACAGCACACACCCCGAGAAUAAACCAGUAUUUUAAAUAUAUAUUUUUUCAACAGGCUUGUCUAAAAUUGUGUUAGAAAGUGUCACAUAAAUGUCUCCCGAAACUUCCCAGUUUUUACAGUCACAUGACUUCCGAGUUGUUACAGUCACAUGACUUUUUAAAAAAAACGUGGGUCCCUCGUGAAAUACAGUGAUGACGUAUGACUUGACAAAUACAAUGUUGUCAUAUGACUUGACAAAUACAAUGUUGUCAUAUGUCUUGACAAAUACAAUGUUGUCAUAUGACUUGACAAAUACAAUGUUGUCAUAUGACUUGACAAAUACAAUGUUGUCAUAUGACUUGACAAAUACAAUGUUGUCAUAUGACUUGACAAAUACACUGUUGUCAUAUGACUUGACAAAUACACUGUUGUCAUAUGACUUGACAAAUACACUGUUGUCAUAUGACUUGACAAAUACACUGUUGUCAUAUGACUUGACAAAUACAAUUUUGUCAUAUGACUUGACAAAUACAAUGUUGUCAUAUGACUUGACAAAUACAAUGUUGUCAUAUGACUUGACAAAUACAAUGUUGUCAUAUGACUUGACAAAUACAAUGUUGUCAUAUGACUUGACAAAUACAAUGUUGUCAUAUGACUUGACAAAUACAAUGUUGUCAUAUGACUUGACAAAUACAAUGUUGUCAUAUGACUUGACAAAUACAAUGUUGUCAUAUGACUUGACAAAUACACUGUUGUCAUAUGACUUGACAAAUACACUGUUGUCAUAUGACUUGACAAAUACAAUGUUGUCAUAUGACUUGACAAAUACAAUGUUGUCAUAUGACUUGACAAAUACAAUUUUGUCAUAUGACUUGACAAAUACAAUGUUGUCAUAUGACUUGACAAAGACAAUGCUGUGAUAUGACUUGACAAAUACAAUGUUGUCAUAUGUUUACUUUCGCGUUGCUUCCAGAAAGCGAAAGUGUUGUGUGACAGUCCCACUGUGUGACACAAUAGUGCUACAGGUUAUUUAAUCAUGAAAAUGUGAGUUCUCACAACUUCCUUCCACUCCUGCUGUAUGCUUCCAUGGAUUGCGAUCUUGACAAGUAGAAUGAAAUUAGCGAUACCAUUGCGUGCAAGUCUUUGUUAUUUCCAAAAGAACAUUGAUCUCAUGCCCUCUUCCCCCACGCUGUUGUGGUCAAAUCACAGUGUUGGGGGGGGGGGCAUUUAUUUCAAACUUGUUAACACAUUGGGAGAGCGUGCUUUUUAAAAAGUAUUGUUAUCUUGUUUCAUUGUGUACUUUGAGUCAAGAAUGUGUCCAUAGAAAGUAGGCAUGUGUGUGAAAAAUUUCGUCCUAGAAGUUUUUUCUGGCUCAAUAGGACAUCAGGAAGUAGAUGAAAUCGGAAUAGAGGUGAAAGGUCAGAGGUGACCUUUCUGUGCGCGUGUGUCGGGGGGGGGGAAUUGUUGUCAUUGUUGAUUUUGUCGGGAGCGAGUAACCAUGCACAAGGAAACGCUGUAGUGGGUACCCCGAUGUCCCUAUAACUUUCCGUUCCUGGGGUAUCCAAAGAGGUCACCCAUGGGUCAGUGGAGGUCACGGGUGACCUACUGACCAUGAAGAAUCGUAUUGCCAUCGGAGGGGGAGGGGGCGGGUUAAGUGUACAAAGUUUCAACUCAGUUUCAUAUCAGGAUGUGGGUUAAAAUUGAGAUUCAAGAUUUGACCCGCAGAGAUCACUCAAUGGUCAGUGGAUGUCAUUUGGUGACCUACUGGUCAUAAAGUGUUGUAGUUUUAUGGCGGGGGUGGGGGUGGAAGGGGGCGGGGCAAGAGUACAAGGUUUCAGUUCAAUCAGAGACGAUUCUUUUAAUUUUAAAAAUCUAUAUAUAUAUAUAUAAUUCGACAGCAAAGGUCAAAUAACACCACGCAGGCUAUAUAUAGAUACGCCAGAGUGUGGUUCAAUAAUGAGUACACUAGCGCGCAAAAUAUAAUUCCCGAUAACUGCGCUAAAUGAUAUAUAUCUAUUUUUAAUAACGCAAUUGCAUUUGGUGCGUAAUAUUUUCUUUUCGUAUUUAACUAUUGUGUCAAAAAUAUUCGAUUUAAAAGUGCGUGGGACAUGAGACUAUUAAUAUAGUUCAUGAGCCUGAAAUAAAAAGUGUGCAGUUACCAUGGGCAAUCGCAGAAAACUUUCUAGGGGGGGGGGGGGAGGCAAAAAUAUCGAUUAACUUUCCAGGGGGGGGGGAGCAAAAAAUUUUUAGUAAUGUUUUAAUAUAGUUUUAAUUUACUGUAGCGUAUUUGUAUGGUAAACGAACGGACAGGACAUCAGCUUAGUUACUUUCUCUUUAUUUUCUCUUUACUUUGAUACAUUUUUUGUCUAUUUUUGUCUAAAUUUUUUGUAUCCAAUCAAUCCAGGGGGGGGGGGCAUGUGCCCCAACUUGCCCCUACCUGCGGGCGCCCAUGGCGGUAGCAAAAUUGGCAUUCUUAAAUGUGAGUAACUUGAGUUCACGUAGAUACAUUUUUUGUCUAUUUUUGUCUAAAUUUUUUGUAUCCAAUCAAUCCAGGGGGGGGGGGGCAUGUGCCCCAACUUGCCCCUACCUGCGGGCGCCCAUGGCGGUAGCAAAAUUGGCAUUCUUAAAUGUGCGUAACUUGAGUUCACGUUUUUGUCAAGUAACUUUAGUACAUGGGAAGUUCACGCAUUGCUACCGCCAAUGUUUGGUGGGCUAUAUCUAGUUCUUUAUAUUAACUUCUUUUUUGUUUGCGGCUGGCUGCAAGACCUUCGGACGACCUAAUUGACCCACUUCCCGUCAACGGAUCGAGCUGAAACUUGGCACAUAGACUCGUUACCGAUGGCAACACAUUCUGUCAAAUUUUCAGCUCCAUCCCCAACCCCCAAAAUCAUGUCUGUUUCCAUUUUUUUAAGGGGAAGAUGAAGGAAAUGUGAUGACACUAAUUUCAAGCAAUAAAAUUCCUAAUAACUGCGCUAAAUGAGAUUCUUUUUUUUUUUCCUUUUUUUUUUUUAAAUAUCGCAAGUGCGUUUGCUGCGUAAUAUUUUCUUUUGUUUUUCUGAAAUAGUUGUUGAAAUAAAUCUGCGAGUGGGUCAUCAGAAUAUUAAUAUAGUUCAGGGGGAAGGAAAAAAUUGUGUUGGGUGGGGGUGGAGCACUAAUUGGGAUUCUCUUAAAGUGCAUUACUUGAAUGCAUGUUUUGUUUGGGGUCCUUGAAACUUUGCUCCAAGGACCCUUGCUAUAAAUAUGAUUACUUUCAAUAUUUUCAAUGUAAGUUUAUCACGGGGCUCUGGGAGGGGGGGGGGUUGUUUCCACGGGCUGCAAUCACACUGCCAAUCUGGUAUGAUCAUAUUAUGUUUCAUGCUAAAAGGCAUAUCAAGAAGAAGCCUGUUCAUAUCUGAAAUUCUUGCAGUAGAUGCUUAGAAUGAAGGUUGAAAAAAAAAAUGAAGGAAAAAAAACAACAAGAUAAUAACAAUUAUCGAAACCUUAAAAUGUCUCCGCAGUGGAAGCUGCCUGACUUGAAUCAACAAACCUUUAAACUGAGUAUUUUAUUUUUAUUGCAGCUUCGCCCAGGUGUGAUGGGCAGUGGGGCAUCGAAGAAAGAUUCACCACCACAAACAUCCAGUAACCCAGGCACAGCGAGGAGAGCGCAAGGAACAUCAAACAGGGGAGGAAACUUUCAGGAAGUCCAGGUCCAGGCCCCCGGCCAGGGGAGGUCAGGGAAUAUGAGUUCCCGUACCCCACAGCGUAAGUCUGUACCCUCUGCGACUCGACCCAUUCAGCAUGUGUGUUUGCUGUUUUGUGAAUGUUCAGGAAAUUAAUUUCUUGUUUUAAGACGUGUUUUGGGGAUGACAUAUUACUGUGUCAGUGGCGGCUUUAGUUAUGAUGUGACUUUCAUUUUAAAUUAAACAGAAGUAAUUUCAUUCCCACUCUUGUUGUGGUGUACUAAGUUUGCUAGAAUGCAACCCAAGCAGAAGCCGUGCCUUCAAUUCAUGCUUGAAAAUUUUAAAUACCGCCUCCCUAUGUUCCUUGAACUUUCCCAAAAAAUAACAUUCAACUUUUUCUACACCUCCCAUGACUAAUGUCUAAGGCAUCAAAACAUUACCUAACCAUAUCUGAUGCCUUUUUAUAGAGAUCUCUUAUUUUGUAUAACCAUAUCUGAUGCCUUUUUAAAGAGAUCUCUUAUUUUGUCUUACCAUAUCUGAUGCUUUUUUAAAGAGAUCUCUUAUUUUGCCCAACCAUAUCCGAUUUUGCCUAACAAUAUCUGAUGUCUUUUUAUAGAGAUCUCAUAUUUUGCUUACCCAAAUCCGAUGUCCUACUAUAGAGACUCCUUUUUUAUUUCCACAGAUAAGUACUUUCUUAAAAUCUAGUCAGAUAUUAACCUUUUAUUUAAUUAAAUAUUUUUUCCCCUCUCAGCUUCAAGGGAGGCUCGGUCACGUGAUGAAGGUAACAGAAACCGAUACGCUCGCCAUGCGACGAACCACAGCAACUCCUUACAACAUGGCCAGGCGGCUGCUGCAACCUCUCGUGAUGGCCAGCGACGUAGCGCCCCUUUGGUAAUUUAAAAAAUAAUAUUUUCUUUAUUGCUUCAGCUGACCUCAGACCACCUAUUUUAUAAAGAUUAAUAAUUUUUCUUACACUAAAAUUCAAACUGUAUUCCUUAUUUUAUCCUUCCUAAAUUCACUAUUUCAAUUAUCUCUAUUUAAUGCUGCUCUGUAAAAAAAAAAAAAUGAAAGGAUGAUAAGUCCAAUCUGCCGGCAAAAGAUGUGGCGUCAUCAUCAAAGGUAACUGGAAAGCGUUCUAUCUUUAUUUUUAUUUUUCAAAUGUCUUUUGGUGGAUUUUUAAAACUUAGCUUACAUCAAAGUUUUUAAACAAUCUACUGGUUUUCAUUACACUUAUUUUGUGUUUAUCUCUAAACAUAACACCAUGAAGUAGCUUUUCCAUACAUUUGUCAAUUUUCUUUUCCUGACUAUUCCAAUUUAAUAAAUUUUUUCCACACUUUUUCUUUCUCCUUUUUGUCUCUUCUAAUCAAAAACUUCUUUAGGCAAGCCUUUUUUAAAAAAAAAAAAAUUCUUCUUAGUAUUCAAAACUUAAUAUUAUAAAUAUUUCAAAAUGUAAUGAUUGAGCAGAGAAUUUCAUCUUUGAAUCUUAGGAUAUAAUUACGAAACAAAUUUAUAUGAAUGUAUAUUUUAUGACUAUAGCAACUUUCCAUGACAUCACUCCUAUCCUAGAAGUAGAAUUUCACUGGUUUCUCCUGUUAUUUUUUACUCUAGUACUGUGUUGUAGCCUAAGGUAUGGAAAGUGACUUCCAAUAGCGAAAUGAUUGUUUAAAAUUCAAAAUAAUUUUGUGUGUGAUUUCAUCUAUGGCAUUAUUUGAACUAAAAGGAAAAUAUCCUACUCAUCAGCUGAUUGCUAUGCUAAGGAAAGGUUUGGUCGAAAUAUUGGACCAGGCACAGUGGGACCCAAAAUGACGAUGCCCAGGGUGGGCACUUGACUUGUGGUCAUUGCUUUUGUUGUGGGAAUCAUGUAAAAAUCACUUACCGUAGUCCAACCCUUAUGGUCAGUUGCUGUGUUUUGUCUGGAAGGGGCAUUCAAGUGAAGUUUAAAAAGUUUGUUCACAUGCACGCUUUUUUGAAAAUUGGAUAGUCUUGUUGGAAUCUCUACAGAAAAAUGUGGCUGCAUACAUUUGAUUUUUAUCUCUCUAUUCCAACUAGUUAUCUCAAUGUUAUACAUAGUUAUAGUUAUUGUUGUUUUGUUUCUAAUUAAGAACACGUUUAUAUUUUUUAAAGCAAUUAAGGAUUAUCAGAAAUAAACCACCAUGUGAUUUGUUGCUUUUUUGUUCCUACAGGUAAACAUAUUUUGUAGGCAAGUAGUUUGAAUGAACUAAGCGCUACAUAAAAAUAUAAACACGCAAAAUUAAGGUUUAAUCCCUCAAAAUUAUUACAAUGUUUUGGUGAUGGAAUUUUAUAAUAGCUGAAUGCUAACAACUGCUUAAGCAAAUUAUCCAAAUCUGCCCAUCCAGCUCUAACAGCAAAUAUUACGUUUAUUCAAACUUGUUUUAUUGUGUUAACAUCACAUUUAAGUUACCAAGUCCUCAAGGGUUAAAAAAAAAGGCAAUUAAAAAAUAUUACUUUGAAUGACAUCUAUUUUGAUAUUUGAAACAUGGAAAAUCAUCAACUCAAGAUAAAUUCCAACCUAAUAAAUGUUUUUCAUUGAUCAAGUUCAUUUCUAAAAAGAAUACUGCCCAGCAUAAUUAUCUAUGUUUCAUAUGUGAUGCCUGACCCCUACUGUCAUCACCAAAUAAAAAAUUGCCACAGCGCUUAAAUUGCUCUCAUCCUAGAGAUCAACUUCUUCAAGCAUAUCAAAUUAUGUGGGUUUUAAAAACACAAAACAUAAUCAUUGCCUGGGAAUAGCUCCACUUUUUUUUUGCAACCCAUACACUGCAACUGAUAUUUAUAUUUUUAAAUGCUAUUAUUAAAAAAAACAUUUACUGGGGACAAGAUAAGAUCACGUUUAGGUUUCUUUUACUGUUACUAUAUUUUUUAAAUGGACAAUCAUAGUUAUAAAUCCAAUAAGCCAUUAAUUUAAUUAAAGAUAUAGAAAUAAACAAAAGAUAAUAUAAAAUUGAUCUGAAGAGUUUUAUAGUCUGUCAUUGUGAAUCUUUCCUUCUUAAUUUAGGAUCCUGAAUGGGUAAAGGUGAGUUUGGCUUGCAUUAUGAUUUGGCUUGUAAAAAUAUAAACAUUUAUAAUGGAUUGCUUCAAUGUGGGCAGUGCUCCUCAGAUCUGUAUCCCUAAAGCUAUUAAAUCCCACUCCAGUGUGUGGGGAGAUGAAAGCAAUGUGUGGGGACAUGAAAGAUCCCUGGAAUAGGAUUUAUCAGUUUUAUGUAGAUUCAUAUACUCAAUGAAAUAUAUAUCUAUCUCUUUUCAUUUGGUCCUCUUGACUAUCACAAUCGCCAUCAAUCAUUUUAUCACGAAAAGUAUGAUUAUCACCCAGUAGGACAGUAUCAUCACAAAGUGUAACCACCACAAAGAAGUAGUACUGUCAAAACAUGCAUACCGGAGAUUGAGAUUGGCAGCAUUCAUAAAACAUUGAUUAACAAAAUUUCAGCUGUUAUUUUGCCAACACUUGUCCGGGGCCUGUGCAUUUAUUUAAAAAAAACUUUCAUUGAGAAAAUAGUUUGUGCCCUUCAAUACAAAUUAUUUUAAAUGUUGUCAGAAAUCAUAAAAAGUAUUUGACAGACUUUAUAGCAUUAUAAAGAACAUAUACCAUACCUGCAUGUGAUCAUGGAUCAUAUACCAUAGCAGCAUGUGAUCAUGGAACAUAUACCAUAGCUGCAUGUGAUCAUGGAACAUAUAGCAUAGCUGCAUGUGAUCAUGGCUCAUAUAGCAUAGCUGCAUGUGAUCAUGGAUACUUGUUUUUGCCAACCUAAAGUCAAAGAGGCUGAAAAAGUUUCAUUUAGAAUCAGUUUUGGUGGAGAAUAUCCAUUGUUCAUCUGUAUGUUAUUUUUAUGAUUUGUCGAUGUAUUUUGCUACUAAUUUCUUAAUACAAUUUUCAUAUAAUCUCUAAUUAAAUUUUUAAUUUGUUAAAAUCUUCUGUUAAUUUCAAAUGUUCACAUUGUGUGGGUUUUUUACAUUUACUUCAUGCAUUGCAAAAUAAAAAUGCAAUUUUGGGCAUCAACUGAUAUAGUGGGAUGAACUAUAGUGACUUCUACUGGGAAUUCUUAAUUAUUUUAUUAAAUACUAUAAACAAAACAUUUAUAAUUUAUUGAAUAGAAAAUGUAUGGAAUUCAUUCUAAGUUUCAGAUUUUUGACAUACAUUAAAACUUUACACAGACAUAAAAUUUGAAACUUUGCUUGGGCAUUUGCAGUGCUUCUUUUAUUUCUUUCUGUUAUUGCUUAGCCUCCCGAUAUAGACUUGUGUGACAUGAUACAGUAUGGUCUACUAAUACACAGGCAGUUUGUGGAACCCAUUGUAUUGUCCAAACGGUUUUCAACUCAGUGGAAUUAGUAAACCUUCAGAACUAUGCUAUAUUGGUCAUCUGUGAGAAUACAAUAACAUUAUGAUUGAAAAUAAGAAUAGCUCUUCCCCUAUCAGUUAAAGUUAUUGAGUUAUAGAAACUCAACUGGAUAUGUUUUGCCUUAUAACACAACAUGCCAAUACCACUCAGUCAUCUCAGGCACCUUUGAAAUUACAGAUUAAAAAAUUGGCUAUUGAUCUGCCAGUGUGUGCGCACGUCAGCGUCUCCUAGCAUCACCACAACAGUUGAUUGAUGAUGACAAUAGAUUUAUUGAAGAUAACAGGAAUCAGGGUGGAGUUAAUGAAAGAAGGACAUGUUGAUCAGAUAUUGAUCUUUAUGGUAGAACUUCACAUAGCAAGGCUUAACCCUUUUAUUUGACUAAAGGAUUUAAGUAAACUUCAUGUUUCUAAUAUUACUUUUCGAAAAUAUAAAUGUUAAAAUAUACUUUGGACCUCUUUGUCAUUUUUAUGAACUUAUUUCCUUUUUACUAAUACCAUCACAAUGCAUUUUGUUAUUCCAUUUUUAAGAAAGAAGAAAUAUAAAAUAUUAAGUUGUUACUUUGUAUAAUUUUGAAAUACAAAUAAUUGUAUUAUGAGAAUAUCAUUAAACUGGAAUUAUUUUACUAUUACAAACUUUUGAUCCAUUAUUUACCUCUUUUCCAUUACUUUUCCUUGAUCACUUUUUUUUUUUUGAAGAUCCACAAUAUAAAUCCAACACAUUUAUGAAAAUGCUCUAAAUAACUUAAUUCCCAGAUGUUAAAAACUUUGCUUUGGUUGUUCAGUUAAUUAAUAGAUACUAAUUUGACAGUACAGUUUGUUUAGUUAUAUUUUAAUGUUCCUCAAAAUCCCAAGCACCAAAAAUGACUUUGUAUUUAUGUACCUAUUUUCUCCUCGAUGCUGCAUGUGAGCAGCAAAUGAUUGAGGACAUGAAGACGCAAGUGAGUGAAAUUGUACACAGUCAAUUUUCAAUCAACUUGUUUUAUCUCAAUCAUCACAUAUCCCACAAAGUCAAUGUAACAUGCAUACACUAAACUGGAAUUUCAUCACAUUUUUCUAAUUUGAAAACUCAGAAUCGUAAUGUGUUAAUUUGGCUUUGUGUGUUGUUUUAAGAGAGGCAUGAAUAUAUCCUUUUUUGUUUAAAUUUCAUGUCACACACUGCAUGCAAAUUUUUCCGAAAGUUUAUUUCCUAAAUCUGGUUUUUUAGUAUCUUAACAUGACAUGUUUGAUUAGCAAUUUAAGGCAUUGCAAUUUUGGGACUUUGAAAAUAUGUUUAAAAAUAUAUGGUUCAAAUGAUUUCUGUUAGGCUUUUCAGGCUCUUAAAUGCUUGUAAGCCAUUUCAAUUGAAUUAGUCAAAGCUUUGAUUAGUUUGACAGUUGGGUUUUAUUUAGUUUGGUGUGGAAGGGAUAAACUACUUAAAAUCAAUAACCCAUCCCUACAGAUAAUGAAGUAUAAAAUUAGUUAUAUCAUUCUUUUAUUAAGAUAUAGCCCUAUAGGCUAUAAUUGCCUUUAAGAUAAGAUAAGAUAAGAUUCUUUUAUUGAUCCAAAUAAAUGGAAAUGUUUUUUGAUUACAUUAUACAUUUUCAGCACAAAAAUAAAACAAUUUGAACACUAGACAUUUAUAAUAAAUUAUUUCAAACAGCCAUUCAGUGAGUUCUCUUAGCAAAAUCAGGGACUUAUUUGUUCUCAUUCAGAUGUGUGACUUCAGAGGAAGCACACCGGUAAAUUCGUACAGAUUGGGGUACAAAAGAAUUUUUAUAUCUGUCAGUCCUCGCCCUGAUGGAAAGAAUUCGUCCCGAACGGCCCGAUCCUAAGUACCUAGGAUGAAGAGGGUGGGAUGUAUCAUCCAAAAUGUGUUUAGUUUUGCAAAAACAUCUUUCUUCAAAUAGUUCUUCAAGUGAAAGAUGUUUAGUUUGUGUUAUGUUUCUAGCUUUCUUGAUUAGUCGGUUUAAGCAGUGUUUAAUAUCAGACGUUGAAUUCCCACACCAGCAGGUAAUACUGAAAUUAAGCAGGCUUCCAAUAGUUGCACUGUAGAAUAAGUUAACGACUUGCUUGUUUAUGCCAAAAUUGUACAGUUUUUUGAGGUAGAACAGUCUUUGGUUGAAUUUCUUAUACAGGAUUUGGCCGUGCUCAUGCCAUUUUAGCUUAUUAUUAAUGGUGACACCUAAGUACUUGUACGCCUCCACUUUCUCCCCAUUUUGAUUUUUUAUGUUGAGAUCUGUAAUCAGGUGUUUCCCCCUCCUGAAAUCAACAACCAUUUCUUUUGUUUUUGAGACAUUCAACUGGAGAAAAUUUUCAUCGCACCAAUUGAUAAAGCUUGUUACUAAGUUACGGUAUAGGCCUUCUCCUUCAGAUAAUAAGCCAACAAUCGUGGUAUCAUCAGCAAAUUUUAAGAUUGGAAGGGUGUUGCUUGAGCUUUGAAUAUCAUUUGUAUAUAUUGUAUACAGUACAGGAGAGAGAACGCAGCCUUGUGGUGCCCCGGUGCUUAUUUCUCUGGUUAGAGAUACUUGGUUAUUUACUUUGACAUAUUGUGGUCGAUUUGUUAAAAAGUUCAGUAUCCAAGCCUGAAUAUUUAAAUUGACACCUAACGAGGAAAGUUUCUUUAUCAUAAAGUGUGGUUAUAAUGACUGCUGGUAAUGGGACAAUUCCUCAUGUGCCCAUACAUCCAUGGACCGAUAACAUACCAAAUCAGAAAUUGUUUGCAGUAUAUUAUUACAUAAUAUUUUUUAAUAAUGACAAACACAUUUGCACACACUAAAAUGACUUGAAGAGAAGUUUGUGUUAAACCUAAAAUUUAUAAGGCUACUAACUUCACUGUGAGAAAUGAUGAAAUGUUUACCCGAUCAGCAUUUUCAAAACACUUUACCUCAGUAUUUUUUUUUUUUUUAACCAGUCAUGGAUGGAUAAAUGUGGUUUUGGGGGUAGGGCAUUUCAAAUCUGAUCCCUAAUCUUUCUGAAGCCAUUGUUAAGUAAGAAUAUAAUAAUUGUUAAAAAGGUUAUAAACAACAACCCCCCCUCCCCCAAUAAUGUGUAUCGCAUGUUUAUAUUCAUUAUAACAUGUUUAUCACAAAUGAAACAACAUUUAAGCACAUUUUUCAUGGUGGCAUGGCUAUCCAUGUUUUGGAUACUCUCAAUAUUAUUUCUUAAUUCCAAACUAUUUACGUAUAUAUUUAUCAUUUGUGCUGUAAUAUUUAAAUAUAUUAUAUCAUAGUUUUAAUAAGUGAUAGAAUUCAGCAGAAACACUGUUCAAAAUGUUUAAUCACCUCACCCAACAUAUUAUGACUCCCCUUUCCUAGAUUCAGGUUUAUUUCAUCACUGAACAUGAGAAUCUUCCAAAGGCUCAUGCUUUUUUUUAUCCUUAAUAAAAUAAAAUUGACUUAAUAUGAAUGUAUGCAUUUCAUUCCACUAUGAUAUAAUUAGAAAAACUUACUUUUACUUUUGUGGCUUAUUAAUUUAUGUACUCAUUUUUUACGGGGGCUGGCUACUUCCACAGCUUGCUUAAGUAAUUUUCUUGGUGAUGUGGCUUCACUUUCAGCUUGUACAGAAUUUCUCAUGGAGUGCAUUUUAUUUAUCUUUAAACUUAAAAGCAAACUUAUUUUUAAAAAAAAAACAUUUUCCAUAUAAGCAAUAAUUGGGAUAAUUUUUUAGAAAAAAUUCUGAGCCUUUUUAUGUCAACAAAUCUGUCAAUUUCAAUUGAUUGUCAUUUAUUUUAUUCCAUAGGAUGAUGAUGUCCAAUUUCAAACCUUUACACACAAUAAUGGAAGGGAGUUUAUCUGUGCCAAGAGGGGAACUAAACUCUAUUAUCUUGAUGACUGGCACUCUCAUGUAUGUCUUUGUUGUUAAGUGUUAAUUAUUUUCAAUAUGCUUUCCUUAAAUAACUUGCAGAUUAAAAUAAUAAGAUAAGGGAGUUUUUGUUUUGUAAGAUUAUAUCUAAGAAAACAUUCUUAAUUGUUUUCAAAAAUUUGUUGUUAGACUAACCAGUUUGCCUGAGAUUUAUUUUCUUUUUUAAAAGUUUACAGAAUCAGGAUUGGAAAUAAUUGAAAUUUUCUUUUCACAAUUAGAUUUAUUUACCCGUGUAUCAAGUUUAAUAUUGAAACACUCUAUAGUGAACUGCCUAACUCAUUGGACCCUUUUAAAAUUAUUAAUUGUUAUACUUAAUCACUUUCUUAUCUUCUCAGGAUUGGCAGGUCUUCCCAGAACGCUGGCACAGUGAAGGCACUUUCCAAAAUUUAGACCAUAGUCAAUACAUUGUAAGUAUAUUCCCAUGGUUUUUGUGUUGAUGCUCAAUUAAAUAAUAGUUACAGAUAGCUUUAAAGCUAGUUUUAUAUUUGUGACAUUAUGACCAGAAAUCCUAAAAUAUAUUCUGAUUUGUCUGUAAUACCUUAUAACAGUUUUAAAAGAUUUUAUUUCUAUUAUAUAUUAAUAUACUUAUUUUUGUGCUCAUGAUUAAACAACACAUCUGUUCCAAAAAAGCAAUCCCACCAAGGUCAAGAACGUCAAGCAUCAAGUGAUAACAAGGCAGAGGAUGACAGAGAAGGUCACCUCAUGCACCCAAAGCGAGGCAGAGUGGAAACUUAUCUUAUGGAAGUAAACAAAAAAAUUUAUCAUCUAUUCAAUUUCUUCUUCGGCUCAGGAUUAGUCUAAAAUCUUUACUUUAAAUAGGAAACUCCUGGGUGCAACCAUCAAAUUCUUUUCAUUCUGAUGAUGGUUCAGUGAAGUUUUUGUCAGGAUCCAAGUUAGAUUAAAAUUUCUAGAUCAUAAUGAAUAAGAUACAUUUAAAAAAACUUUUAAAAAACUUGACCCCUAAAGAAAUUACAGCAAGCUAAAAGUUUAGAUUCUUCAAAGCCAAAAUGAUGUUGAAAUCAUCAAGGACUUGAACAGAGUCACUGUAUGUAAAAUUAUUUAUCCUUGUAAACAAGUUUAAAUAACCUUGAAAUAAAUACAGUAAAUAUUCAUUUAACUGAUAAAUUUAUAGCUAUUGAUUUGAUUACUGAAAAUGAUAACUCAUUUAUAAUAUAUACUUUUAAAAAAUUUCCUUUCAUAGGCCUUCAAUUUCAGUUACAUAAAUUUCCAAAAGAAAUCCAUCUUUUUUUUUUACAGGAGCGCCACUAUGUUCACUUCUUUUUUGAUCGUAGCACUGGGAAGUGGCUGCGUCUACCUAUUGGCUGGGAGUUACAUCACAGCUUGGUCAAACAAAUGGUGGACCAUGUAGAGGUAAGUACUGGGUCAUAGAGAGGAAAAUAUAAGACUAUGAAGGCAAAAAAUCUAGAUGUAUAAGGAUUUGUCCAACUUUUAAAAUUUUUUUUGCCUUACUUCAGAACAAUUAGGAAUAGAUUAUUGUGUUAAUAAUUUUUUUUAUUUAAUCUUAUGGGUGGCCAUCGUGUUGUUACUUUUUGUUUAAGAAGAGUUUAGCAGCAAGUAUUUCUGGGACUGGAACAAAAGGAAUCAAUCUUUUGAAAUAUUUUAAUGAUGUCAGGUGUCAAUGAACUCUAUAUAAACAAUAAUAAUGAGCAUGUAACAAGCAGUUACUUUAUUUCCUUCACUCACAGGAAGCCCUACCACAUUGGAAAGACAGGGCAGAUAUACUAGCACUGUUAAGGGCCUGCAACUACAACCCUGAUGAAUGUAUAGGGACUUACCUCCUCUUGGAGGGAGAUGGUAUGUAUUUUAAAAACCACUAAAUUAUUUGGCCAAUAAAUAAUAAUCUAUCUUAUAAGGCUAUUGUAGUGAUCUAAAACUGUGUCAUAUGUACCUCUGGUGGUAUCAGUUUUCCAGAUGUUACAACAAAAAGUUAUAACAAAAAGAAGUUAAGAUAUUCUGAUAUAAUUAUUAAAUGUGAACAAGGUUUUAUUUUGAAGUUUUAACUGAACAUUUAAGCGAUAAAACAUUCCUAAAGUUUAAGAACCUUAUGAAUUGAACACAAACUGAAGAUAUUUUUAAUUACACUUCAAAUAUUUUCAUUUUGUUUUCUAAGAGAAAAUUAAAAAGGGUGAGAUUAUAAUGUACUUAUUUUCUUAAUUUCAGCCUCAGGUAGAGAGUCUAGAAAAUUUUGUAAUGUUAAAGAAAUGUGUUUUUUGUGUGUUGAGCAUUCAUUAAUAAUUGCAUGCUAGAUUUUCUUUGUGUGUUCUAUGAAAACUUCCCUUCCCCAUACUUUGGCCCUUAACGCUUAUAAAGUAAUCCAAUUUUUGUCCAAUGCGUGAUUAAUUUUUAAAACUUUGAUUCCAUUUUGCAACACAUCACUACCAUGCUUGUACUCAACCUAUAAUACAUCCUCUUAUCAUAAAUUUAAAAAAAACUUUUUUAUGCAUCUGUAAUUAUCAUCUUUACUAUUGCAUGAUACAUAUGUUCACUCAUCAUAUAAAUCCUAAUAAUUUAGAUUAAUUUAAUGAAUGGUUUGUGAUUUCAUGUUUCUCUCUGCCUUGGGCACAUUUUGUGACUGUCAGUUUCUAUUUUGCUGUGAAAGAGGAAUUUGAAAAAAUUUCAAAUGUGCAUGACAUUCAGAUAUGUGUUGUCUACAAUAUUUAUUUAUGUGUGCUGUGCAACCUAAUUGUUUUUUGUUCCACUGAUUUCCAUAUAAUAAGAGUUUUGAUUAUAAUAAUGAGAGCAAAGGAUCAUGAUGAUGUGUUAUUACUUGCCUAUGUUUAUUGUGUGCAUGCGAAAGUUGUAUUUUUGGAUCUAUCUAAAUUAAUCUACGGAGAUGAAAUAAAUAAUUGUUUAUUUUUAUUUUUUGCAAUUGACACAAAUAAAAGUUGGUGGGGUGGGGAGGACUUGACUUCUGUCAUAAAUAGGCCAUAGGAAGAGUGGAAUUGAAUAAAAACACAGCAAAGUACAUGGUCAAUUGUUAACUGACAUCAAGGGAUUUUCUUUUUUCAUAUGCUUGAUUUUGAUAUUGGCAAACCUUAAGAAUCCUUGAACCUAAACCUUAUUAUAAAAAAUUAUGUCUUAAAUUACUAAUUAGUGCUAGAAUUUUACCAAAAUGUUUCAUCUAAUAGUUCAGUAGCUGGCCAUAAUUCAACUUCGUGUAAUAUUCUGCGUUUACAUUCAAUGUUUGAGAUAACAUCUUUCCCAAAAAUGUGAGCGCCAUUGUGCUUUAAAAAAAACAUAUUCUCAUAGUAGAGAGAAUGAAAUUCAUAAUUUUUUAUUUUAAAAAUCCUCCUGGUCAAGCCUUGCUAAGAACCAUAUUAUUUGCUGCCUGUGUAUGGCAUUUGUGCUUGCUUGAAAUAAUAUCAGAUUGGCCAUAAAGGAGCAAAUAAAAACUUUAUAAAAAAAUUUUUAUUUAUUCCUUUUUUGCUUAUCAAUAUAUUUGGCUUCAGCAGUUUCAUAUAAUUAAUACAAAUUCUGUAAAGACAAAAAAAAAUUACAUCUUUAUCCUUGUGGUGUUAACUCUUUUACUCAGGAUAAAAUAAACUUAUUACAACAGUUAGCAUAAAGCCUUAAUACAUUAUUUCAACCACAUGCAAAAAGAAAUUAUUUCCCUUUCAGUAACAAUCUUUAUUGAAUGAUUAUUAAAAGAAAUAUUAAUUACAUUUACAUUAAAGUAAGUGAGAUGAAAUUUAACUAUUAAAAUUUAUAAUUAAUGUUUAAUUAGAAAAUAUGUGUAUACAUUUUUUUUUAGCUUGCUUGUAUAAAAUAAAUGGACUGGAUUAACUUAUUUCUGCCCCUUGCAGACUGGUUGUUGCCACAACGCACAUCAAAGGACGCCAAACUGGACCAAAAUAAGGACCAGCAGAUAGAUGAGCUGACACAAAGAUUGAAGAAAUUGGUGAGUUAUCCUUGAAACUUCUUUGUCUUCUAUAUCUUAAGGGCCCACGAUCAAUGUAUUGAUCAUUCUGGCUCCUAUGUAUGUAGAGGGGAUUGGCAAUGUUUCUGUGCCUGGUGUUGAAGAGGAUAUUUCAUUUCCAUUAACAAUAGUUUACCUCAGAUGACACUAUUGGAUCUAUCUGACUAGGUAGGAGGCUUUUAGUGUGUUUUUUCUCCUUUCACUCUAUGCAUUUUAGGGCAACAUCUUCAUGCCUCCCUGUGGGCUUUGUAUUUAAUCCUUUAUUGCCAACAAUAAUUUUUAGUUAAAUAUUUUAGUCAAACUCCUACUUUGUAAAUAUAUCUUUCCAGGAAAAAGAUUUAGCAUCUGAAAAGAAGGCCAGGGAAGAGGCUGAAAGACAGGUAAUUUUUAUGGAAAAUAUAAAUUGUAUUUAUAGGUCACAACCAAAGUGCAUAUAUAGUUGUUGUUUUCUAUUAUGUAUAUAACAAAAUUGUAACAUCUGCAUUGUUUAGAACUUAUUUUAUUUUUUAUGUCCAGUUAUCAGAGCUGGAAGAAAAAUACAGCAUGAUAAGCGCAGAUGCCACAUCAGCACAGAGACAAGUGGAGGCCAUGCAGUCAACUAGACCCAAGACCGCCAGACCUAAAACUCCUGUAAGUUCACGUUAAACUGUUUGGAUGGUGGCCUUUCUCAGUGAACAAGUGUCGAAGAACACUACUACAUAAAUAACAACUUAAAUCUUUGUUUACAUUAAAAGUAUUCUUCAGCCAACAAAAAAACACAGUAAACAGCUGAGUCAACUUCUGUUAAAAAUUGCAGACUGCAUCAACCGCAUAUUUUGAUAGAAAAUUACUUAUGUUAAAAAACACAUCAUAUAGCUUUCAAAACAUGAAAUUACUUAGUCUAAAAUGUAACGAGUGGAAGCAGACUUUUACUGGCUGUUCUACUGAUCACAUCCAUGGCAGAAGCCCUCUUUGAUAUAUGACUGACCUGUGGAAUGACUUCUAUGAUAUCUGACUGACCCAUGUAUGAACUCUUUGAUAUGUGACUGACCCAUGAAAUGAACUCUGAAAGGGACAGCUCUAUUUUUUCCUCUCCUAAUAAACCAUAAAAUUGAAUAAAAGAGAAAACAUUUUUAAAACUUUUUAUUAAUUAUUCUCUUGGUUGGUAUUUAUCCUCUUGGUUGGUAGUUCUUUUUAGCAUUGCAACUCUCACCCAACGACAUCCCAAAAAUGGAAUACCCACCCACUACUUAGAAAACUAUCGGCAGCUGAUCUGUUAGUCAUUUAAAAAUUUGGAAUGUUUGCGGACUAAAUGAUAGGAACUUACAAUAUUUUACUCAUGUAGAUUUUUUAUAUCGUAACUCUAGAUGGUAAUGUGUAAUUUAAAGAAAUAUUUUUAUUUUUGCUGAUCAGUUUCUCUCUAUAACAAUGCAUAAUAGCCAAGCUGUCAUUGUCCAUUAUUUAAAAUUGAGAUGAAUGACUUAAACAUGUGUUCCAUGAAUGGUGUGGUUUAAAAAAAAAUACUUUACCUCAUUAAGAAGGAAAGCAGUUCUGGGAUGGUCAUAUGAAAAAGGCUAACGCCGCUUACUUUUUAUCCAUAUUUAUCAAUUUAGAUCAAGUAAAUGCAAGAUUAUACCCCAUGUCUUCUGUCAGGUUGCGGUGGCUGCAGUCGGUGCAACAGAGCAAGAUUUGGAGCAACUGAAUUCACAGGUCAAGAGUCUCCACAAGUCACACGUCCGACUCAAGAUUGAUGUACAAAGGAACAUAGGCUCAAUCAAUGCCAUCAUAGCAGAGGUAAGGUGUCUUUUAGUUUUAAGGACUCUGGGAGAAGCCUCAGGAGGCACUUGGUUACUGACCCCAUCCCUAAAUAAGAAGCGUGGUCGUUUUUUUUCUUCAAAAUUUUAAAACAUUUUCUUAGAUUAGCAUCCCCUUUAACAAACUACAAUCAAAUCUCAAUAUGUUAAACUCUGCUUUCUUAUAGUAAUUUUUUUGACUCCUGAUAUAUAUGUAUUUUCAUUCUAACUUUUAAUAGAAGACAAAGGUGUUUUUUUUUAACUUCCGUCUUAAGUUUGUUGUUCUCCACUAAAGCAGCCCUCAAUAAAUAAAUAGUGGUGUUACGCCCCUGUAGAGUUCAAUGAAUUUGAACAGGCUAGUGGUCAAGGGGAAUCUGAAAAGGGGCUAACACAGUUAGAUUUUAGGCACACUACGGGCUAAAAUGAAGACAAUCAAUGCUCAAUAAAAGUACUUUAUUUCAUGGAAUAAAAUAUGAAUAAAGAUACAGAAAAUCUGCAUACAAAAAAAAAGUUUAAAAUUCUUACACUAACAAUCUCUAACUCUCAAAGUAAUACUUGUUAACACAAGUCUAAAUUACUGGAAUAAAAUUGAAAUUUAAUAAGUGUUGAUUUUGAUUACUGUUACUGCUAACUAUAGUAGGGCCCUAUCUAGUACUUAGCAAAUGCCAGGGAAAGCUAGUCAUGCAUCAUGUCUCUAGGAGCCUCUCUGUAGCUGAUGGUGGGGAAUACCACCAGUAUUUAUACAGAUUCAUUUUGGGUGGCUUAAAUGUGUGCCAGGGUCAACUGGUAUGCUGACAAGGUCAGGUCAUUGGUGUAAAGAAACUAAACGGCACUACCACGUAACAGUGGAAACAAAAUUGAUGAUGCCAACCACAGCUUAAAAUCUGUUUAGUCUAUCAAUACGGGGCUGUACCUGCACAGCUAAUCCUAAUUGAAAAUGACUGUAAUUACUCACUGAUCUCAGUGUUUCCAUAAAAGUUCAUUCUUGUCCCCUUUUUUUUUCUUCUUUUUUUAGAGACGCGUAAUACAUGUUUACAAUUUAUUGCACACAUCUAAAUUUUAUUGUUGGUACUCAAAGAGUGUGCAUAAAUUAAAAAAUAGAGAAAUUGAGUAAAAGAGACAGAGAGAUGUGAUAAUUAUAUUGGCUUUUUUGGUAAAUUAUUAGAGAUCGUCCCGCGAUGGCCGCCAUCUUGGUUGAGACAACCAGUUAAUUCUGUCACUAAAUGUAUCCCUCAACCUAACCAAAACGCUAAUUUACUGCAACUAUAAUAAACACGCAAAUGACCUCACGUGAUGAUCUCUAAGAAUUAGCCGGCUUUUUGAUUUGUAUAUUAGGCAAUGAAAGCAGCUUCUGAACUGAAGAGUUCUGAUGUUGGUUCCCGUCAAGAGUUAGAGGAAGUGAGGGCCUUGUAUCAGAAAGAGGCCUUGCAGCGUCGACUCCUAUACAAUCAGGUAGAAAAUUCAUAUUUUACACUGUAUUUGUUUGUUUUUUUCCAAUUCAGGUGUCUGACAUUAAGUAAAAUUUACCCCCAACAAUACCCAAGGUGUUACUGAAAAGUAAAAUUUACCAUUUAAGAGAGUACUUUGCAAUGAAUUUGGAACUCUUUGAAAAUAUUUUAGUUUGUUGACAUCUUCAUAGCUCUGACCAAACCAAAUAGUUUUGUUUUGUUGUUUUUUCCAGAUGAAAUACACAAUUAUUUGUAUAAUUUUUUUUAUUUUUUUUUGAAAUACCAUUUGUCACACUUAGAUUUUUGUUUCUUUUAACACGCAAAAUUUUCCAGUGUAUCUAAAAAAUAUAUUUUUUUAAAACUAAUUAAUUUAAUUAAAGAUCUGUUACUAUGUGAAAAAUGUAAAUAAAGGAAUGGUACUUUUUUUUUAAAGAACUUUCCAGCUGGGGUGCAUGCAGUUUUUCAGUUUAUCAGAUGAAUUUUAGUGUAAUUUUUAACUAAUUUCGCCAAUGCACAUGCAUAAAUGUAUUUGCAUUCAGUUUAAUAAACACUAUAGUUUUCAAGAGACAUAAAUCCUGUUAAUAAAAAUGUAGUUUCCAUUUAUUAAUUACCUGCUUAAACUCAUUCCUAAAGUUUCAAGAGUUACGAGGUAACAUCCGAGUCUUCUGUAGGCCUCGUCGAGACGAGCGUGCAAAGGUCUGCAUCAGCUUCCCCUCAGACCAGGACAUUAUGGUGAACACACAGGAAGGAAACAGGAAAACAUUUACCUUUGACAAAGUUUACACAACAGAAGCUUCACAAGAACAGGUCAGAACACAUAGUUUGGGCGUUUAAACUCAAUUAUUAUUUCAAUACUAGUUUUUGUGAGUGUUUAUUUAUGUCGAAUGGUGUGUGAAAAUUUUGUAGUGUGAAGUAAAUACAGGAUCAUCCAAAAUUACAAAUGGAAACGAAUAGCCCAUGGUUUUUAAGUUACAAUUAAUUACAGCAGUUAUCUAUCAAAGGAGAAGUAUCAAAUAUUAUUUUUUGGUGAACCUAUUGGAAUUUUCAUUGCCCAGAUUUUUGCUGAUACUCAGCCAAUAAUUACAUCCUGUGUUGAUGGAUACAACGUUUGCUUGCUGGCUUAUGGACAAACUGGAUCUGGGAAAACAUUUACCAUGAUGGGACCGGAUUCUAACCCUGGUAUAAAUAUAAGGUGACUCAGUUUUGAAUAAAAGUAUGUUUAUUUCUUUCGGUGUGCAUGUAUGGGUAACAAGUCAGGCUGCUGUGGAAAUAAUAGAUAAUUCAAUAAGUUCUAUGUUAAUUAAAAUAUUGUUGUUAAUUGAGUAACAGAGUAAAGCAGCCAUUUGUUUCAAGUCUGAGCACAGGGUACAACAAAAUCUCUACUUAGAGCUGAAGAAAGAAGAUAAUUUUCUAUUUUCAGUCUUAUGAUUGGCUGUAGGCCCACCAUUAAUAUAAUUCCAGUCUUUAAAUUUAGCUUUUUUUAGAGGAAGAGUUGAUUAACUUUUGAUGUGAUUUUUUUAUCAAUAAUGAAACAAGGUGUCCAUGAUAUUAUUUAAUGAUUUUCAUAAUUUACCCACAGGGCAAUAACAGAGCUCCUGAAUGUGUGCUCCCAAAGAUCAGAGACAAAGAGAUACAACUUGAAGGUGAUUGAUGCAAAGUUAGAUGUAAUCUCUAAUCAGCUGAACUAAUUCUUUAUAUAUAAAAAUCUUAAGCUACCCGAUGUUUGUCGUAGUGGUAAAAUCACUUGUUUUAAACAAACGUACAUCUGCAAACAGGUUGGUUUCUAUUUUCAAUCAGACCACCACCAGUAACUUUAACCUAAAUAUGUCUGAUGUCUCUCUAGGUGUCUAUGGUUGAGAUCUACAACGAGGCUGUUCAAGACUUGCUGUCUGACGAUGUCAAGACCCUGGAGCUCAGCAUGGUGGGCAACUCUGUCAAGAUCCCAAACAUUACAGAGAUGACUGUUGACGAGGUCAAGGACAUAAAGGGCAUCAUGAAGCUUGGUGACAGCAACAGGAAAACAGCUUCAACUAAAAUGAACUCAACCAGGUGACCUAGAUUGAUAUACCUUGCCCUACUUGUAUCCGUGUCCUCCCCUCCCCCAGCUCUUUCCACACCUGUUUUCUGUGUAAUCCUUUUUAUCAAAUUAGCUCAGGGUCUCCGAGCAUGUACUCAAAAUAUUUUUAAACUAGAAUAUGAAAUCAAGCAAUGUCUAUUUUCUAUAGUGGAAUCAGUAGUCUGAGGAAAAAAGACAAUAAAUUAUAAUUAUCCAGAAAUUUUUUAAAACAUGCCUUCUGGAGUUUGAAACAUUUUUACAGCUUAGACAAGCAGCUGACCACAGGGGACAAAUGGUUUGCCCCAUAUGUGGGAUAAAAGCUAACCAGUGCUAAAUGUCAGAACAUCAUCGGUACCCAUAUUUCUCAGAGCUUCUGGCAAUAUAGGUCUUCUUAGUAGCAAAAAAUUUUGUUAAGUAUUUACUAAAAACAUACAUAGUUAAUUUAUUUCAUGCCAUUGAUGGUUUUAAAUAAAGUAAUAUUUUAUUGUGUUACAAAAAUAAGAUUUUUGAGCCUGUCUGUUUUAUUAAACCAGUCUUUAGGUACUAUGACACUCACUUGUGCAUACAUUCUGUGCUCGUCGAAAAAUUAUGCAAAAACUUUUGUGGCAAUCUAACAUUCGGCUGGGCCAUGAUCUUUUUUAUUUAAUUAUUUUUGCAUUUCACGUCACAGUUUUCUAAUAAUAAUUUACUUUGUCAUUAGUGACGUAAAGCGCAUAGUUUUCCAAACAGGGUGAUAUCAUUUUUGCAGCAUGGUGUAGUUUGUGAUCGGCAACACAUUUACUUUGAUGUAACGGUAUGUACUUAAUUGCUAAUUUUUUAAAUUAAAAUUCGUAAGUAAUAUUAGUUUGCUCAAAUACUGCUUCAUACUUCAUUGAUUCACAAACCGGAAAAAAUGGACAAUAAUGAAAAGGUCCAUUGUCACCAGAGUCACACCCAGCGCCCCCACCCCAACACCCUCACAAAAAUUGGGGUAUCACUAAUGGCUCUUCUCAGUAAUUUAACAUAAAGAUAUUUUUAUUGUUGUUUUUUUUAAUUUAAAUAAAUAAUUAUAUGAAUAGGCCUAGUUAUUGCCAGUAGUUAUUAAUUAUAAUUAAUGAAAUUAAUGAAUAAUAAAACAAUAAUAAGCAGUGCUAUUACUAUUAAAAAUACUAUUAUUUAUUAUUAUUCCAAUAAAGUAUGCUAAACUUACUAGUACACUUCUAAGUGUAAACUUAAUAUUACAACUUUUUGUGAAAAUUGUGUCACUCUAUGACGAUUGACUAGCUUAGAAUUAGAUAAUAUUAUACAUUGGCCGAUAACACUUUUAUUAAAAAACAUCAAAUAAAUAAAUAAGACUCAACAUCAUCAUCAUGGUAAUUAUAUUUUUAUUAGGACAUAGGCAUAGGAAACAAGUUACCUCAACAAAUAGUUCUAAUAAAAUAAACAAAGAAAUACAUUUUAAUAAUCACAUAACUUGAAUAAUAUUAAAAAGAAACUAGAAAUUAUAUAGAAUCAGAAUUAUGAUUAGAUAUUAUUUCUAGGCUUCUUUCGGGCACACUAGAAAAUUUUUAUUUUCUUUUGCAGAAUUCCUUCCAUUGCCAAUGAGCAAUGUUUGGACCUGAUUAUAAAAGUGAGAUUGUGGGACUCAUCAACAAGACAAAGUCUGUAGAUCAGUCUAACCAGAAAAUAUCAGGCAGAAAAUCCUCAUUACAUUUUAAUCUCAUACUGGUGUCCUCUUACUCUUAUUUAAUAUCAUUAUUAUUGGUGAUUUUAUUUUUUAGUUUAAUUAAUUUUUUUAUUAUUUCAUGCAUUCAAUUACAAAGACUUCUACUUCACUUAUAUUUCAUAAAUAUUAGCAUUGGUUUAAAAUUGAACUGCAGCAUAUUUAAUUAAAAUACAAUAAACACAUUAUUUUUUAAAUAAUUUUUUUGCCUCUAAAAUUUAUAAUUUUUCUUUUCUGGAUUUUUUUUUAACUACCCUCAAAUAAAAUUAUCAAAAAUAAAAUGUCUUGAUGUCAUGUAAAAUUUUUGUUAUUCAUUGUGUUGUAUAUUGCAUUGAGAAUGUCUCCUGAAAAUUUGGUAGCAUUAUCUUUUAAAUUUAAAAAGUUGUGGGCAAAAUAGGCAGAAAUUUAGAAAGUCUGUCACAUUAACUAAUUAUAAAAGCUUUAAAAUAGUUUAAUUAGACACCAACAAUUUGUUUCAAUAUAACGAUAUAAGGUAAACUUUAAUAAUAAUUUGACAGAGUACAAAAGUAUACGCUUCAGCACAUGCCUUGAUCAUUACAACAAAAAAGACAAAUAAGUAUAAAUUAAAUUUACAUAAUAUAAAUAUACAGAUAUCCUACCUAAAAAAGGGGGGGGGGGGAGAAAAAAUAGGAGGGGGCGAAAAAAACAGACAGAAGCAAAGAAAAGAAAAGGGUAAAGGAAGUGAUUGGAGCGAAAUUGUAAAAACAAAACAGGAAAAAAGAUCAUUACAACAAAAAAGACAAAUAAGUAUAAAUUAAAUUUACAUAAUAUAAAUAUACAGAUAUCCUACCUAAAAAAGGGGGGGGGGGGAGAAAAAAUAGGAGUGGGCGAAAAAAACAGACAGAAGCAAAGUAAAGAAAAGUGUAAAGGAAGUGAUUUGAGCGAAAUUGUAAAAACCAAACAGGAAAAAGACAUGGCAGCUGGGUAAAAUUGUGGAUUUGGUUUAUUCCAUAUGGAGACAACGUACCAAAUCGUGUUAUUAAUACAUUCUUCAUGAAUAUCCUAUCUGUUGUGCUACCAGUAACUGCGAUGUCUGAGAUCCCAUCAUGGUUAGGGCUAUUGAAAUGUUUGGAGACCGGACAGAGAGCUUGUUUAUUUAUGUUAUAUAGGUGUUCUCUGAACCAGUCUCCAAGGCGACAACCUGUCUCUCUUACGUAUACUUUACCGCACUUUUUGCAAAUGAUGGUGUAAAUCACGUUGCAACUUGUGCAGGUAAAGCCAUCUUUUAUUUUGAAUAUUUCCAUAGGGAAAAUGAUCUCGUCAACCUCAAUCACUUAGGGGAAUGUGUUGCAACUUUUGGUGCCUUUAUGUGCUUUGAUAGCAGGGAGGUGGCUUCUAACUAGCAUGUCCCCAAGGCUCUUGUCCCUUUUAAUGCCUUAAUACUUAAUAUUUUCACAGUUAAAUACAAAGAUAUAUAAGGGGCUUAAAAAAAUUCACAAAACAAUUUGUAAAUUCACUUCUAUAAUAGCUAGAAAGAUUAAAUUGAUGUUUUUAUAAAGCUUAAAGCCAGCCCUUUAAAAGGAUAUUUCUUUUAUGGCAAUCAGACAAUAUUUAAAUUUUAUGUCAAAAUGCCUGCAGUCAUGUUUGUAAAUUGAAAUGAAAAUCUUCUUCUGCCCUCUAAUCGUGUCAUGUCUCUUCAGCUCCCGUUCUCACUUGGUGGUGAUGAUCACUGUAGAAGGGGAAGACAAAGUUACCGGAGCUGUGUCUCGAGGUGUGCUAACAUUGUGCGACCUCGCCGGGUCGGAGAGGAUUGGCAAGACAGAAGCCACAGGUCAAAGACUGGUCGAGGCGGCCGCCAUUAACAAAUCGUUAUCUGCUCUUGGCCAGGUUGGUUGCAACUCUAGAAAUUGAACAUUUGGGUUAAACAUGAGAUUAAGGAUUCUACUUCUUGCGAUUAUCAGGUUCAGGGAGAACUCUUUACAUCUUGUUGAUGAGGGUUUUUUUUUGUGGGUUAAUUUGCGGGGGGGUGGGGGGGGGGGGGUGAACCCUCCAAGACUUAAUCUUAUCUGUGUUAUAUUGCUUGUGGACUUUGUUCAUUAAGACUUUAUUCUGUAUUAGAUUAAUCUAUUUAAACAUUUCAUUCAGAAUCAAUUAUUGGCAUUUGUCAAUGUUUGGGAUCAAUGCUUUAAAAAAAAAAAAAAAAAAGUUAUAUCUGAUGAAUGCUGGUAAUUUAAGCAGAUCUAAAUAACAAAUUAUGCUCUAUUAAAUAAAAUAAGAUUACAGAUAUGAAACUAAAUAUAAUAUGCUUUUCUUUUAAUCAGUUGACUUUUAGAUAAAAGGGAAUUUAAAUACUUAACCAUUUUGUUCCAAUAUACUUGACAGGUGUUCUCUGCCCUCCGAGAGAGUCAACUUCAUAUUCCAUACAGAAACUCUAAACUUACUCAAAUACUACGGCCAUGUUUAGGUGGUGAUGCCAAAGUAAGUUUUAAAGAUUAUUUUGUUCUUUGAACUUUAUCAAAAUCAUUAAACAGCUAUUUGUCAUUUAAAGACAAACUUAACCACUGCAGCAUAUUUGCUAUCAAAUGCUAAUGAUGUGAUUUCUUUAAAUUUUGUAUCCCUUCCAACAUUUAUUUAUGCCUAACUUCCAUAUGCCCUUGCGUGUAAGCAAUGACUAAACAAGGAAUUCCUUACACCUCUUAGUUGGAGGCUUGCCUCACCCAUCUUUUUUUAUGUAGAGAUUUGGCUGAUUCCCUGCAUUCUAUUAAAAAUUAAUUUAAAAAAUAAAUAUACUUUGUGAUAAGCUUUCUUUUGGCAAAAAUUUUGUAUGUACAACAUUAAGUUAAUGUUAUUAAUGCUGAUAACCUGUGGCCAUUUAUAAAACUUAUGAGCCUCGUUCCUUUCCACAAGGGGAUGUAUAAGAGUGUAACAAGUUUAAACCUUUUAUAUGCUAAUAAAAUAUGUAAGAUAUUAUUUUAUACCGGUAUUAAAAUCAUUAUUUUGGUGGGAUCAUAAUUUUUUGAAACCACAACUUGACAGAACUGAGAUUCGGUUGCACGUGACAUCAAAUUUACAAGUAGAUCUUUAUGUUUGAAUGACAUCUUUAUAUUUCCAGGCCUGCUUGUUUGUCAAUAUAAGUCCAGAAAUGAGCAACUCCCCAGAAACUUGCAAUACCCUAGAGUUUGGCAGCAAUGCUCGCCAGGUUGCACUUGGACAAGCCAAACAGAACAUUCAGCGAAAACCUGGUGGAUUUCCCCCAAGAUAAAAUGAAGAUCCAUGAGCAAAAUUUUCUAACUUGAGCUGUGGGAUUUGGUACCUAUCAAAGAUAUAUAUCUGCAAGAGAGUCUUUCUAUUCAACUAUUUAUUAUUUAAUAAGUUAAUGGUUUAUAUUUUCAACACUUCAAAAGCAUUUUUGACACUUAUUUACUCUUGAAAUAGUGAAUGAUGAAUGGCAUCUAUAAAUUGUAUUUAUUUUAAGGAGCUGUGAAUGUUGGGAUGUGUCCUAGCAAACAUAAAACAUUAAGCUUUGUAUUUUUAAAUUGUGCUUUGUAUUUAUUCUAUGUUAGGUAAAUGUUAACAAUAAAGUAUAUUAGUAUUUCAUAAUAAGCUAAUGGUUUUGAAAAUAUACAGUUGCUUGAUUUAAUGUAUUUAAAUAUUUUAAAUAAAACUCAGUAUUUUAUUUUUAUAGUUUUAAAAGUUACAUAUCCAAACUCCUAGAAUAUGAAAACUGCUGAGACAAUCAUUCUGUCAUUAUCAUCUACUGGCUUGUGAGAACUUAUGUCAUUGUAUUAACCCUCUUGAGACUUCUUAGACUUUCGGUGCCAAGAAGACAGAGAACUUUUCACAAGCCCUGCAGUUACUUUACAAAAGAAUUUAUACAAAAUAAAGUAAUUACUGUACAAACAUAAAACUACACAUAUUUUUGUAGGAACAAAUAUGAUCUUUAUGAAUCAAACAAAAAUAUUUUCUAACAAGCAUGAAUGAUGCAAUGUCAAAAACUGCAUAAUAUAUUCCACAAGGAGCGCUUUUGCUUUUUGUAUAUUUCAAGGUCAUAUAUUUUUUAAGCAUUUAUGGGGGUUACUAGGUAUAUGAAAAAUGGCUUUAAAAUCACAGAGCAUUGUAAACUAUCAAUGGAAGCUAUCAUUAAAAUGGCAAGAAAUGCUAGAAGCAAUCUGAAUAGCUGGUAAGCUCUAAGUUCAUAUUAUUGGGCAGAUGGAUGGGCCAUUCGUCUUUUUCCCCAUUCGACUCUGGGUGAAUAGAUAGGCCUUGUCAUCUCAAGAGGGUUAACCUAUCCAAGAUAAAAUGCAGUUGUUAAUUUGUUGUGUUGUUUUUGGUUAUGAUUUAAGGGAUCAACUAAAUUACUUGACAACAAACAGCUUCUGAAUAACUUUGUUUUCCUUCAGAAAAAUAAGGACUUGAUCUACAUAUUUAAAGAAUUGUUUAAAAAUUGUUGUUUUUAGAUUGACAUAGUUUUUUUUAAUAUGAAACAAUUUAAUGUCACAUUAUUAUGUUAAUGAGAAUGCUCUUUUUUAUCAAAUUUCAAUUUAUUUCCUAGUUGCCAAAUUAAAAUAUUAAAUGACUACAACUGACUAAAUAGUGGAACAAGGUGUGUGGAAGCUUGAAAUAUUAAGACAGGACAAUAAUUAGAGAAUGUUUUGGCAUAGAGCCUUCUUAAGCAGACAGGAUGAUAAAGAGAGAACGUUUCUUUAGCAGACAGGACAAUAAAGAGAGAGUCUAUUACAAAAAAGAAGAAAAGAAAAAGGCUCAUAUUCUAUUCAUUCGGGAAUAAAGAUCGUUCUGGCAUUAAACAACGUUCUGUCACAGGAUUAGGACACACUAGUUUAAAUGAACAAAAACAUCUAUUUACAUAAUUCUUGCAAACUAUCAGACAUAUAUCUGCUUUGCAGCAGGGACCUAUGCCCAAGUUAUUUAUCACCCUUAAUUAUUUUGAUCUUGUAAAAAAUUGUUUACAUUUUACGGCACAGUAACUGAGGAAUUAAAGAAUUUUAUUGUUCACUGUCCAUCAUUUUCAGAAUCAAUUGUAAAUUUAACAUACUGACUUAUAAAUCAAAAUGUCAUCAAAUGAACUAUAUCUUUCCACUAAGAACCAACAAAAAUAAAACUGUGACACUUUGUGUUUAUGACAAAAGCUAGAAAUGCAUAACAGACAUUUUAAAGACACAUUGGAUAUGGCUGUAUGCUAUAUGCACUUUUUCCUUCACUGCAAACACAAGACCCAAUUUAACACUUUAGGCUUCACUUUUCUAAUGUCUGUUGAAGCAAUCUUUCCAUCUUUGACUGCUCUAGGACUAGAAAGGCUACCCUCAAAAAUACUAUCUUUCAAAUGUAUCUAUCUAUUUUAUAUGAUAUUUUAAAUCUGUAUAUGAUUAUCACUCACUUCAUCCCAUUUUGUUGAUAUGAUAAUAAAUUAACUCUAUGUUUCAAAUGCACUUUGGUGCAAAAUUUAAUGUUCUGUGUAUAGCUGGUUUCAUGUUUCACAAUCUUAAUAUAAUUAGCUGCUAUCUGUGAUAUUUUAUUUUUGUUAUAAAACAUGUCAUUUUGCUCCACAGAUUAUUUGAAACCAUUCAUGUAAAUAAUUUAUUAACUAUUAACAUUUUUUUUUAGUUAAUCCAUCUACUUUUGAUUCUUUAAAUUGAUGUAUUAAAAUAUAUAUUUUUAUAAAAAAGAUUAAUAACUUUGAAGCAGACACAUAUAGCAUUGUGUCCCAUGCUAUGGUACACCUGUAAAAAUCAAUUGAUGUGGCCCAAGAGUUAACCAAAAAAAACACAAUAAAUUACUACAUUUUUAGAUACUCGAAUAACUACCAAUAUUUUAACACUUUCAACAUAUUUUUUUAAAUAAAAAUAGAAAGGAAUAUCACUCAGGCUGCACUGCUCUUUCACACGGUUGAUCAUACUGCUACUUGGUUUUUAUGUUUUAAAUAUUUCCUUUGAAUAGUGGUAAUCAGAGAUAUUACAAGUCUUAGUGGUAAUACUAAUAAAAAAUCAACAUUUAAACAAAAUUAUUAUAUCAUGUUCAGUGAAUUUUAAAUAAGUGCAGAAAUAUUGUUUCAUUUGUUUACUUCAAAAUUGAUUUUCUUUAUCAACUUUUAAUGCCUUAAAAUUCUUUAAGGAAGUGGCAAUAUUUCUAAUAGCAACAUUUCUUACAUCUCAACAGACAAGAAGUUAAGAGAACUUAAGUGAGGAAAUUUAUAAAACAAAAAUCCCUCAGCUUUAUUAACAUAGAAUUUCUAGCUAUGCGAAAGAAAGGCUGUUAUCUAGUACUGUGGGAAAAAAUAUUUUAGAUGGGGUAAAGGAUAAAAUCAUUGAAAUUCCAUGUCUAGUCACAGAUGGAGAUCUAAAUCUUGUGGCCAAGAGUCUUAGUAUUGUCAUUCAUCAAAGUGAUUCUCUAUAUAUAUAAUAAUUUCUCCAGAAAUUCAUUAUAACCACAAUUUGCUCAAAGGCUAAUUAAAAAUGAAAUGCUAAUUAUUUGGUUUUUACUUUUUUUACCUAAACAUUUGUUGCAAAUAUUUCAACCUGUACCUUACUUUGAUAAUUUUUUAAGAUAUUUUGUGUCAUACCUCCACAUAAUAAUUGUUAGGACUCUCCCUGCUGUUGAUAUACUUUUAUGUUCACAAACCAGAUAUUUAAAUGUGCACUGUGAUAUUUCUUUUUUUACUGUAUGUAUUUUUAAUACAAAUUUACAAAAUUCCAGAUACAGUGUGGUAUUGAUACACAUUAAUUAUUUUUUUUACUUCAAAUAGUAUUAUGCAUAUGUUUUGAUCUGUCCAAUUGAUUUAUCAUUAAUUAAAAUAAUAAUUUGCCCUCUAAUUUUAAGCAAAUUUCUUCAGAAAUCAUUGUUUUUCAUCUUACAAAACCACACAUUUAAUAAAUUAAAGAAAAUGUAUGUAAAAUAUUUAUUUCUAUCAGAGUUAUUGAAAUUUGAUGUAAAUACAGGUAAAUCAAUUUAUAUUUUUUGAAACAACCCCAAUUCCUAUUCUACAGACAAUUUAUUGUAAGUAAGGUAGCUAUUAAGUCAAAUGUAUCUUCAAAGUUUUGUCCAUUCUAUCUUGAAAUAUUUAUUUGCAAAAAACAAAAAGUCACUGAACACAUGAACCAUACUCAAACUCCACAUAACCUACAUGCAACAAAAAAAGACCAUAAUCAGAAAAAUUUUGAUAUUUUUCAGGGACAAGCAAAUCAUUGUUUGCGCACAAAAUAAUGUAUUUUAACUUCAUUUUGUUGGUGUAUUCAUGUUAGUGAGUCAGUUUUAAAUGCACCCAGUGGCAUAUCAAUGAGCUGUGGAAAAAGGGAGGGAGUAGGGGUGGCAUCUAUUUAGGAUAGUCUGAAACAUUUGUUGAAGACACAAAUAUGCUAAUUUAAAAAAAAUAAAAGAUGUCAAUUUUUUUUAUUCAAAUGUCUUUUGGUCUAUUAAAUGUGAAUAAUUUGAUAAACUGUGUCUUAUUCUUAAGAUUAAUUUUUUUUAAUGAAAUUUUCCUAUUAAAUGUUUAUUUUUGUUGUAAAAAUAUUAAUUGUUG